AUGCCACCACCCCGUCCACCCGUCAUCCUGCGCUCCCUCGCACACCUUCACCCACAAUGGACAUGCCCCUCAUGUCUGACGCGCAGUCCACGUCGUCCACUUCCACACAUGCGCGCUCCUCCGCAGCGUCCACCCUUUACAAUCCCCCAAACCUCGGCCUUCCACAGCACCCGCACCCUACGUGCCUCCAACGUACCCACGCACUAUGAAACCCUCCAACUCUCCUCGGCCUCGGCCUCGGCCGCCGAAAUCAAACGCCAGUUCUACACGCUGUCGAAAAAACACCACCCCGAUCGCAAUCAAAACGACCCAAACGCUUCUACGCGCUUCGUUGCAAUCAGCGAGGCCUACCACGUCCUGUCCGUCCCGGAGAAGCGCGCGCAGUACGAUGCAACACUCCAGUCCGCGCAGGCCUCAUCAUGGGGUCGUAGCAGUAGCGGUAGCAGUGCAGGUGGCCAAGGCUACCCACAGGGAAGUUACAGCUCUGCCUCCUUUGGCUCGCGGCCAGCCAGCGGCUUGAACAAGAAGCGCAGUACCUUUCGUGGCCCCCCGCCAAGCUUCUACAAGUCCGGUGGCUACGGCGAGUUUGGCGCCAAAAGGAGCGAGCAUGCCUAUCAGUCUUCUACGACGGCUUCAGGUGGGCACGAGCAAAAGGCGGGGCAGCAAAGUUAUGGCGAGUACGGCGGCUUUGGUCCAGGACAACAGGGACAUGGAAAUCAGGUCCCGCAUUUUGAUGGCAAGAGACACAAGCAGACGCAUGAUAAUGUCUUUGCGCAUAUUCGGGCGCGGAGAAGGCAGAUGCGCACAACGGUUCAAAGAGAGGACGAGUACAUGCGGGCCGGUGUUUUGAAAAACUUCUUGAUCGUUAGUGGCAUCAUCGGCAUUAUUGGGGCGACGGCCAAGAUAUUCGGCGACAGGCAGGAGGCGCGGGAGCACGCUGUGAGGAAGCAAAGCGCAUGA